AUGGGAAAAACUGGAAAAGAUUUACAUAUUGAUUUCGUCAUUUCGACUGGAGAUAACUUCUAUGACGAUGGAAUCAUCAGUCCAUUUGAUUCUCAAUUUCAAGAUUCUUUUACCAAUAUUUACACAUCAUCUAGCUUACAAAAGCCAUGGUAUAACGUAUUAGGGAAUCAUGAUUAUAGAGGUAAUGUACAUGCACAACUCAGCCCCAUACUCAGAGAUUUGGACUGCCGAUGGAUUUGUUUAAAAUCUUACAUUGUUAACGCCGAGAUUGCUGAUAUUUUCUUUGUGGACACAACACCGUUCGUAGAUAAAUAUUUCGAUGAACCAAAGGACCAUGUCUAUGAUUGGAGAGGCGUAUUACCAAGAAAUAAGUAUCUUACCAAUCUCCUAACGGAAGUCGAUGUGGCAUUGCACGAAUCAGUGGCAAAAUGGAAAAUAGUGGUAGGUCAUCACACAAUCAAAAGUGCAGGUCACCACGGUAUUACCAAAGAGCUUGAGAAACAACUUUUACCUAUCCUCGAGGCUAACGAAGUGGAUCUCUAUAUAAACGGGCAUGAUCAUUGCUUGGAGCACAUAAGCAGCAUCAACAGUGGAAUACAGUUUAUGACAAGUGGCGGUGGAUCCAAGGCUUGGAAAGGAGAUGUGAAUCAAUGGGACCCACAAGAAAUGAGGUUUUACUAUGAUGGUCAAGGAUUCAUGUCGGUUUACAUUUCGGAAGCCGAACUAAGCGUCGUUUUUUACGAUGGUUAUGGUCGCAUUUUGCAUCGAUGGGGCACUUACUACAAAAAGGAGAUUUAUUCUGAUAUCUAA